AUGUUAUCAGGAGCCGGCGGCGCUGGUUCCUCGCAUUUUUACAGGGAUAAACUCAAUAGUAUGGGUGGACCCGAUGGCGGCAAUGGUGGACGUGGAGGCCAUAUUAUCCUAAAGGGAAACUCCAAUGUUUGGACCUUGCUUGCCCUUAAAUACAAGAAGCACGUCAUAGCUACUGGUGGUGUCAAUGGAUCGGGAAAUAAUAGUACUGGUGCCAAUGGAGAAGAUAUCAUUCUCGAAGUACCGCUCGGAACUGUAGCCCGUGAUUUUGAGACUGGGGAGAUCGAGUUUGAAAUCACGACAAAUGGUGAAACUAAAAUAUUAGCUCGUGGUGGACGUGGUGGUCAAGGAAAUGCUCAGUAUAAAUCAGCCACCAAACAAACACCUGAUUAUGCCCAACCCGGAGAACCAGGAACAGAAAUUUGGAAAAUCUUGGAACUCAAGGUACUUGCCGAUGUUGGGCUUGUCGGUUAUCCAAAUGCUGGAAAAUCAAGCUUACUUGCCGCAUUGACGGCAGCGAAACCAGAGAUAGCAAAUUACCCAUUUACGACCUUAGUGCCCAAUCUGGGUAUCGUAAAAUAUCGACACCAUGCUUCUUUUGUGAUGGCUGAUAUACCCGGUAUCAUCAAGAAUGCACAUGAAGGCAAAGGCUUGGGUUUGAGAUUUUUACGCCACAUAGAGCGAAACAGUGUCUUGCUUUUUAUGGUACCGAUAGAGUCCAACGACAUCAGUAAAGACUAUGGAAUACUCUUGAACGAAUUAAAAAUGUACAAUCCUGAUCUUGUCGAUAAACCUAGAUUAUUGGCGAUUACAAAGUGCGAUCUGGUAGAGAAAGAAUGGAUCGACAUCAUUCGCCCCGAAAUAAAGGUAGAUGUUCCGUUUUGUUUUAUUUCUUCGAUAUCAGGUUUGGGAUUAGUAGAGUUAAAAGACAUGCUUUGGGGUAUGAUGAAUAGCGAACAGCCUUGA